GCUCCGGCGCCGCCGGCCCGGGAGCUGAUCCAGCCGUCGGUGAGCGAGCUGUCCCGGGCGGUGCGCACCAACAUCCUGUGCACCGUGCGCGGCUGCGGCAAGAUCCUGCCCAACAGCCCGGCGCUCAACAUGCACCUGGUCAAGAGCCACCGGCUGCAGGACGGCAUAGUGAACCCAACAGUAAGAAAAGAUCUGAAAACUCUACCGAAGUUCUACUGCUGUCCAAUUGAAGGAUGCCCUCGGGGCCCUGACAGACCCUUUUCUCAGUUUUCUCUUGUAAAACAGCACUUUAUGAAGAUGCACGCCGAGAAGAAGCACAAGUGCAGCAAGUGCAGCAACUCCUAUGGCACAGAGUGGGACUUGAAGAGGCACGCGGAGGACUGCGGCAAGACCUUCCGGUGCACGUGCGGCUGCCCCUACGCCAGCAGGACGGCGCUGCAGUCCCACAUCUACCGCACCGGCCACGAGAUUCCCGCCGAGCACAGGGAUCCACCAAGUAAGAAAAGGAAAAUGGAGAGCAUGCACAGCCAGAAGCUGUCCAGCAAGAACCUGGACUCCCUGGUCAGUAAGCAGGCCCCUGGACCAGACGCUCAGGAGCUAGAAACUUCUGAAAUGAAGCUUGUAGCCUCUUUUGAAGACACUUGCAGUGCUAACAUCAGGAAACAGUCUCUGACAGCGCCUCCAAGGUACCCCCAAAAGUUGCUUCUACCCAAGCCCAAGGUAGCGUUGGUUAAACUGCCCGUGAUGCAGUUCUCUCCGGUGCCCGUCUUUGUGCCUGCAGCAGACCCCUCGGCCCAGCCGGUGGUGGUGGGCGUGGACCACCAGGCAGCCACCGGAGCUGUGCACCUGCUUCCCCUGUCCAUAGGAACCCUGGUUCUCGGGCUCGACUCUGAGGCGUGCUCCCUGAAGGAGAGCCUGCCUUUUCCCAAAAUCGUCAGUCCUGUUGCUGUUGAGCCAGUCAGCACAGGUGUUUAAGUGAACUUGGGCAAAAGUUCGUCUCCUCCUUUACAAGAACUCGGGAAUACAUGUCAAAAGAAUAGCAUUGCCUCCAUCAACGUCCAGACAGACCUGUCCUACACCUCCCAGAACUUCCUGCCUUCUGCACAGUGGGUCCCGCCCGAUUCCUCCGUGUCGUCUUGCUCCCAGACAGAUCUGACAUUCGGUUCUCAAGUGUCCCUGCCCGUUAGCGUCCACACGCAGACGCUGCUGCCCAGUUCCAAGGUCACAUCAUCUAUAGCUGCGCAGACUGAUGCCUUCCUUGAUGCCUGUUUCCAGUCUGCCGGCAUCUCCAGAGAGACCCAGACCAGUGGACUAGCAGCCUCUGCAGACACCCGCGUCCAGAUGGACCAAGCUGUCAUGUGCGGAGACCUUUUUGAGAGUGUCCAUCCAUCAUACAGUGUUUCCACAGACAGCAUGAUGAGUGACAGUUUAGUAGCAGACACUGUAACUCAUGGUUUGUUACCUCAGAGCCACCCAAAGACCCUGCAUCCCGAGAUGGACAAGUCCGCACCAGUUCUGAACUUCAGUGCCCAGAACAUGACUGAUAAUCAGACCCAAACCAUGGAUCUCCUUAGUGACCUGGAAACCAUCCUGUCGAGUAACCUGCCUGCUCAGACCCUGGACAACCGGAGCCUCCUGUCUGAUGCCAAUCCUGGGCCCGACACGCAGCUCCCACCUGGCCCGCCCCAGAAUCCAGGAAUCGAUUUUGAUAUUGAAGAGUUUUUUUCUGCCUCAAACAUCCAAACGCAGACGGAAGAGAGUGAAUUGAGCAGCAUGAACCCCGAGCCAGUGUUAGAGUCACUGGAUAUUGAGACCCAAACUGACUUUUUACUUGCAGAUCCCUCCUCUCAGGCCUAUGGUUGUAGGGAAAAUUCAAACUUCUUAGGCCUUGAAAUGUUUGAUACACAAACGCAGACAGACUUGAACUUUUUUUUGGAGAGUAACUCUCACCUGCCUCUGGGGAGCAUUCUGAAGCACUCCAGCUUCUCCAUGAGCACCGAUUCCUCCGACACAGAGACCCAAACCGAAGGCGUCUCCACUCUGAAGGGCUCGCCUGACCUGGAGAGCAAAGUGCAGCUCAACAGCACAGAAACUCAGACCAUGACCUCGGCCUUCGAGACCCUGGGAAGCUUGUUCUUCACGAGCAACGAAACCCAGACGGCGAUGGACGACUUCCUGCUGGCGGACUUGGCCUGGAACACCAUGGAGGCCCAGCUCAGCUCCGUGGAGACCCAGACGUGUGCGGAACUGCACACUGUCACCAACUUCUGA